ACCUGAGCUUGCUUCUUUCCCAGCUGUAUAAAAAUCAGCUCAACGGACAUUUCAACAAAAGCUUCAGACUUUUUGCAUAUUCGUUUGAUCUCCUUUAGUAGAGAAGGAAAAGAAAGAAUCUCAGUUUUCAUAUGAAUUCGGAAGGAGCUGUAAACCACUGAUAAAGGUGCAAACCUUUAGUUUUUCAUUAUCCAGCGUCCAUUCUCCAGUCUUGGUAAUGUCGUUUAUUAAAGAUGCCAAAUGCUCUCUAGCUUUCACAUCCAUGACAAACCUGCUACGGCUCCCGCAGCAAACUCUCAGUUGAUAUAAUUGUAGACCAAAAAACUCCGAUCCAGUUUCGGUCCAAGUGCUUGGACCAAUUUUGCCGUCAAAGAAAAAAAAAAUCUAGGAUUCAGUUGCAAUGGUCACGAUUACGCCGUUGAUUUCAAAGGCUCUAACGUCCACAGCCUACGAUGUCAAAUGGAUACCUCAUUCGGCUCGGCUAUGUACAAUUGGAGCCAGUGGUCGAGGUGCUGGAGUUAUUUCGUUUUAUAAAAUGGAAGGAAAGCAAUUAGUUCUGGCAAAUGAGACUGAAACUGGCUCUACCUUCCGAUGCGGUACGUUCGCGGCAUCCACCGGACACGCACGACACUUGGCUACAGGUAACUUUGAUGGCAAACUUCAAAUAUGGGAUCCUGAGCGUCUUGAGAUACCAGUCCUGUCCGCAAAAGGUCAUGAUCUUAUAAUAAAUGCCAUCGACGGCUAUGGCCCCACAUUUGCCGAAACCAAAACGACUGAGCUUUUGACUGGCGGAAGGGAUGGCCAGGUGAAAGUAUGGGAUCUCAGAGCUGGACUAUCCCCUACAUUAGUGGUUCAUCCAGGUAGCACAACUGCGGAUGUGUGGUCCGUUGCUAUUGGCAAUUCAGCAAACAGUGGAACCAUGGAAAGGAUAUUCGCAGCUGGAUAUGACAACGGAGAUGUAAAAGUGUUUGAUCAUAGAGGAAAUAGUUAUGUAUGGGACGUCAAUGUUGGUUCAGGGGUAUGUUCUCUGGAAUUCAGUGCCGCUGGCACAGACGUUGUUUUAGUGGCGGGCACACUCGAUGGCUUUCACGUCAUAGAUCUAACGACUGGCAAAGUCAACAGCAAUAAGCUGAAUAGCACAGUGUGGAAGGUUCGACAUGUGCCUCAACGUCCAAGUUACUAUAUGACAACCACUGGUGAUGGUAGUCUAUCUCUGUAUCAACAAGGUGUAGGGUCCAAAGCUAAUCUCAAGCAGACUGAGCAUCCAAUAGUUUCGUUUGAUUGGAAUGGAAGCAAAGAGGGACUCUAUGCUGCUGUUUCGUUUGAUCAACAAGUUCGUGUAGGCAUAGUCAACUUCUAACGAUAUAGUUUGUACGAUAAUCUCUCAUCAAUGUAUUCCCAAAACUUUGCCGUCUUGAAAAGAACCAUCUUACUUACGAUUACUGCAUUAUUUUCAAAAAUAUUAAUAACAAGAUAGACAGAAUUAAACACCAGCCCAGAAAGUGUAAUCGAG